UCAUGUUAUGAAUAUUUUUUUGCACUUGCACGAUAGUUAAUAACCAAUAAACAUUAUAAUUAUUAUGCUUAUUAACUAAAUAAGCAUUUACAAAACAAAAAUAACAUCAUAUAUAAAAUAAUUCCAAAUUGUUUGAGCAUUUAUAAUAAAAUGUUUUCAGUGAAAACUUUGAUAUUAACUUAAAAUCAACUUUAAUAAAUAUAUACCCUGCCUAUUGGAAUUUCAUUUUGGACGAACUGAAAUCUUAAGUAGAUUUAAGAAAGUAAAUAAAGCUGCCAAAAUGAAUGCUAUUUCAGCAAUAAGAUCAAAUUGGAAGAAAACUGUCUUUGGUUUGGGAUUGGGAGCUUACGGCAUAAAUUAUGGACAUGAGUGGUAUCAAAUAUCCUCUCUAAUGAAGUCGUACAGCGAAAAAGCAGUACAAUAUGGAGAUCGAUGUGAUGUAUAUCCAAGAAAACUUAUUGUUAUUCUAAACCCUGCAGCCAACAAAAAGAAAGCAGAAAAAACUUUUCAAAAAUACUGCGAACCAAUUUUACAUUUGGCUGGCUUUACUGUGGACAUAGUUAGAACGGAUUCCGAAGGCCACGCCAAGACAUAUGUUGAACAAUUAAAAUCAGUUCCAUAUGGCAUUGUAAUCGCCGGUGGUGAUGGUUCAGUUUCUGAAGUCUUAACAGGAUUAAUGCGAAGAAACACUGACCAUUGUCCAAUUGCCCUUCUCCCAUUGGGAAGCAAAAAUGAAACCACAAAAAAGAUGUUAAAUAUAAAUUGGGAUUCUAAGGUCAACGAAGUCGAAGCACUUCUUAAUGCCUCAUUGAAUAUCGCACGUGAAACUCUAGAAAAGAAAAGCAUUUUUAAAAUUGAACAAAUCGCCACUGAAAGUGAUGAGCAACAACCAGCAGGGAGACCUAUUUUUUCAAUGGGAUCACUUGAUUGGGGAAUAUUUCGUGACAUAGAAUCUUUACAAAGCAAAUACUGGUACUUUUGGAGAGCGGAUAAGUACAUUGGUGCUUUGAUUAAUUCAUUCAAUAGCAAACUAACGUGGGAAUGUAAAGCAGAUGUGUGUUAUACAACACCUUGUAUUGGAUGUAAUAACUGUCUUGUGCAUAAUGAAGUUGUGGCACAGUCACAAAAAUCAAUAUUCUCAAGGUUAUUUUCACGUCAGCUUGUUUCAAAUUCAAGUAAAAUUGUUCCAAUGUCUGAUGUUGAAUGUGAGCAACAUAAUCAGCAAAUAAAUGCAAGUAAUAUUCGUAUACAUGUGGACAACGACAAAACAUCUGAUAACAAUAAACUGGUAUUGGAAUCUGAUAAAAAAAUUGAAACUGGUUUUGAUACCUUUUCCAAAUAUUUGUCAGAGGAAAAAGUGUUUGAAAUGUUAAAGUUUCGUACAAUGAAUUUUAUUCCGGAUGGAAGUUGCACAGGAGAAUCGAGAGUGUAUUCUAUAGAUGGCGAGGCUUACGAUGUUCGACCCAUUAAGGUAACGUUGGUUCCUAAGGCUGUUGAAAUAUUUGUUUAAGAAAUGUUGAAGUAAAUACUUAAAAGUUAAUUUGUAAAAAAAUUUAUA